GGCACUGGACUGAUUCCAGCUUCGUUUUGAAAUCAUUGGCAGCUGUCAUCUCCAUCCCGCCCAUCCUGCAUUUGGUGCAAAUAAAGAACGCAGGAGCCUUGUCUCCUGCUGGGCUGUCAGUGAGGAAAAGGAGGAAAGACAGGUUAGCUGGGGAUGAUGACGGAUCUGAAGCAAAGCCAUUCAGUGAGGCUGAAUGAUGGACACUUCAUGCCAGUGCUGGGAUUUGGCACUUACGCUCCUGAUCACACUCCCAAAAGCCAGGCUGCCGAGGCCACCAAAGUGGCUAUUGAUGUAGGCUUCCACCAUAUUGAUUCAGCAUACUUAUACCAAAAUGAGGAGAAGGUUGGACAGGCCAUUUGGGAGAAGAUUGCUGAUGGUGCUGUCCAGAGAGAGGAAAUAUUCUACACCACCAAGCUUUGGGCUACUUUCUUUCGGCCAGAAUUGGUUCGCGUGGCCCUAGAAAGGUCACUGAAGAAACUUGGACUGGACUAUGUAGAUCUCUUCAUUAUUCAUGUACCAUUUGCUAUGAAGCCUGGGGAAGAAUUACUGCCAAAGGAUGCCAGUGGGGAGAUUAUUUUAGAAACUGUGGACUUUUGUGACACUUGGGAGGCCCUGGAGAAGUGCAAAGAAGCAGGUUUAACCAAGUCCAUCGGGGUGUCCAAUUUCAAUCACAAGCUGCUGGAACGCAUCCUCAACAAGCCAGGGCUCAAGUACAAGCCCACCUGCAACCAGGUAGAAUGUCACCCUUACCUCAACCAGAGCAAACUCCUGGAGUUCUGCAAGUCCAAGGACAUUGUUCUAGUUGCCUACAGUGCCCUGGGAUCCCAAAGAGACCCACAGUGGGUGGAUUCCGACUGCCCACAUCUCUUGGAGGAGCCAAUCUUAAAAUCCAUUGCCAAGAAACACAGUCGAAGCCCAGGCCAGGUCGCCCUGCGCUACCAGCUGCAGCGGGGAGUGGUGGUGCUGGCCAAGAGCUUCUCUCAGGAGAGAAUCAAAGAGAACUUCAAGAUUUUUGACUUUGAGUUGACUCCAGAGGACAUGAAAGCCAUUGAUGGCCUCAACAGAAAUCUCCGAUAUGAUAAGUUACAAUUUGCUGCUAAUCACCCUUAUUUUCCAUUUUCUGAAGAAUAUUGACCAUGAGCUAUUGAACAUUACCACCACAAUUUCCUCCUUUUAGGUGACAUAGAGAGGAUUUCAGUAUUUGAUAGAGGAGUAGGAAGUAGGAUCUGUAGUUGCAGGUUGCUUGCCUUUCCUUUCUUUAUUUUAUGAAAUGAAGACUUUAACAAGAAGAUGUUUGUUUUUCCUGAUCAUUAAAGUAAUACCCAUAAAUUUUAGAAAAAUAAAAAAUACAAAAAAAGACCUGUAAUUCUUUCCUUACAGAAUACUUAUCAUUUGAUGCAUUUUCCUUCAUGAUUUUUCUAAACAACAUGUCUGAUAUGGUUUGGAUCUGUGUCCCCACACAAAUAUCAUGUCAAUGAUAAUCCCCAGUAUUGGAGGAGGGAUCUGGUGGGAGGUUAUUGGAUCAUAGGGGCGGUCUUUACCCUUGCUGUUCUGGUGAUAGUGAGUUCUCAUGAAAUCUGGUUGUUUAAAAAUGUGUAGCAUCUCCCCUUCACUCUCUUCCUGCUGCUCUGGCCACAUGAAGACCCGUCUCCUCCCCCUUGCCUUCCACCAUGACUGUAAGUUUCCUGACGCUUACCCAGCCAGGCAUCCUACACAGCCUGCAGAACUGUGAGCCAAUUAAACUUUUAUAAAAGUUACCCAGUCUUAGGUAUUCCUUUAUAGCAGUGUGACAACGGACUAACCCAAUGUUCACUUAUUUACAUAUGUGUUUUUAUAAACUUGAAAUAAUCAAUGUUCAGAUUCUAUACUUUUUAAAUAACUACCAUAUUUUUCCAAGCAAGCAACUAUUAUUCAAAAAUUACAGAAUUAUAUUUUACUUGUUGUAAAGCAGUGUAUCUUUCAAUGUAUUUUGUUUCUUAAUCAUCUACCCACAUUUUGUCAUUUUUAUUAUUUUUGUUUAUUGUUCCAUUCAUUCAUUUAUUAAUCAAGCAAAACUUUAUUGAGUAUCCAUUGUAUGCCACACGUUGUUUUAGCAGUAAAUUAAAUAGGCAAAAAUUAAACAAAAUAAAAAUUUUAAAAUCCCUGAGUUUGUAGUCUAGUGGAGAAUGUCAACUAUGAAUGCAAGAAACAUAUAAGUACGUAGUUGUUAGAAAUUGCUAAGUGCUUGUAGGGAGAUCCUUCUGCAAGAUCUCUAACAUUGCUGCAUAUUUGAUAAGGCCACUGAUUGCCCUCCAUUCCAAACUUUUUUUUCAAGAAAUUUGUACAUUGAACAGCUUUGUCAUAUAAAGGUGGUAGCUCCCUCCAAGAAAAUGAAGACAUGUUUACUGUCCAGUAAUACAAAGAAAAGGAAAUAUCUCCCCGCAUUAAAAUCACAGCUUUAGGGGCUAAGAGAAAAUUUUCCCUUUGCACUCUGAAGGGCCAAUGAAAAUCACCUGAUGAAAGGCAGACUCAUUAUGAAAAGGCAUACAAUUUAAUUAAUGUUGGGACUCAUAAAACAAUACCCUCAAAUGAAGGCCCCAGAAGCAAAAGGUUUUCUCUGACCUUCUCCUAAUCUUCUGUCUCUCAGUCCCAUUCUUCUCCAAGGCUAGCCACAGAAACUAGAAUCCCUCUUCCCCACAGCAUUUCCAUGGAGAAAAAUGUUAAUGUCUGAAGUAGUCCACAGAUGAGGUUUUCUAGAGUCCUUGAAGUAUUUUUAAAUUGCAAUGGCAAUCUGACAAUUUUUCUGAGUUGUAGUUUGAUCCUGGUGUUCCAGUAAAUUUUCUGAGCAGUUUAUACAUCAACAGUCACAAAGCCACUUAUACAAGUUGCUGUGAUGAUUUACUCUGAGCCACAUAGAUCAGUUUGCUUAAAAAAUUGUGUCCAUUUUUGGCGGUAACAGCAAAUAUGGGCUAGAGCUCUAUGUAUGAUUCAAGCAAACAGUGGCAUUCCCAAAUGGGAACUGGAAAGACAAAAAUUAUGUUUCAAAAAACUAUAGCACACCUGUUGUUAGUUGUUCUUGAGUUUUUAUUAUUUUCUGUAAUUUGCACUAAGUCCCAAAUUCUUUGUGGGCUGCAAGUCCCCAAACUAGUGCUUUCAAAUUUUUACUUUUAAAACUGGAAAUUGCACUCUUUAUCCUAGAACUCAUUAUUUACCUGAUAGUAUGCUGUUUGUUUAAAUGCUAUACUAAAAUUAUAGAUGACAAUAAUAAUGCCUUUGUCAUGCAAACCUUAGAAUCCCAGCCCAGCCUGCAUGAGUACAGACCUCUCCUUGAGGUCAACUCUAUUCCUACUAUGACUCCUGUCAGCAGGAAGAAGCCAGAGUGGUCAUUGGCCUUUUCCCAUUUUUAUAGCCCACACCUUAAGAAUAAGGUGUUAUAAAACUCAAAGGGGCUGGGUGCAGUGGCUCAUGCCUUUAAUCCCAGCACUUUGGGAGGCCGAGGCAGGCGGAUCACCUGAGGUCAGGAGUUUAAGACCAGCCUGGCCAACAUGGUGAAAUCCCAUCUCUACUAAAAAUACAAAAAUUAGCUGGGCAUGGUGGUGUGUGCCUGUAAUCCCAGCUACUCAGGAGGCUGAGGUAGGAGAAUCACUUGAACCCGGGAGGCAGAGGUUGCAGUAAGCUGAGAUUGUGCCACUGUAUGCCAGCCUGGGUGACAGAACAAGACUGUGUCUCAAAAAAAAAAAAAAAAAAACCCAAAGGGAAGAAUUGAAACCACUAGUACAAAAUUAUAAAUUAGAAAAUUAUUGCAGUGAAAGAGAAGGAAACAAACUGACUCCAUCCUGCUUCUAACCUCCAAGCUCUUCUUGUUCACUCAUGGGCAUAGGCUGAACUAACUUUUUGGGGAACUUAGUUUGUAGUUUGAAACAAAGAUGAUAACAGCCCUUUCCCAAAACAAACCCUUUCCUGCCUGGGGACUAGACUGCUUUUGUAGAACUAAUAUAUUAGCCACAAGAUUAGAAAUUAUGGUUUACGAGUCAUGCGGCUGGAGGCUGUAAGAUUCUGAACUUCCAUAAAUUGCUCCUGGAUAACAUCACUAUUGUAAAGCCUAAGAUCAGUGCUUGAGAUAUUUUGCAGACCCUGAACUUGAUAGAUCAGCUGGUGCCACCCAGAUUAAUAAAUUGGCUCAUUUGGUCUUGUGGCCCCCACCCAUGAACUGACUCAGUGCAAGAGGACAGCUUCAGCUCCCUAUGAUUUAAUCUCCAACCCAACCAAUCAACACUCCUGACUCACUGGUCCCCUACCCACCAAGUUAUUCUUAAAAAUUCCAACCCCUGAGUCUUCAGGGAGACUGAUUGGAGUAGUAAUAAAACUCUGUUCUUCUAUAUACCUGGAACAGUGUGAAUUAAUCUCUUUCUCUAUUGCAAUUCCCCUGUCUUGAUAGAUCAGCUCAUCUAGGCAGUGGCAAGGAGAACCCACCGGGCAGUCACAAUGUUGUCCUGAUUAGGUCUUAUUUCUUGGGAAACUGAGUCUCCUUUCUAUGAGAAGUAGAGGUUUUUUUUUUUUUUAAUCUUUGCAUUAUUAUGUGGCUAAAUGAAUGACUUAUUUUACAGUGACCUGUGACUUUAUUUUGUGGUAUAAAAUGUCUUAAGGCUUUGCUAUUUGACAAACUUUCCAAAAGUCAAAAGUUCAAGUUACACAUUUAGUCUUUUUUACCUCAUUAACUUUCACAAAUAUUAGGGCUCCUAAAGUCCAAAACUUACAUAUUUGAGAUGUUAAAAUUAUACAGGAAGGAUUGUCAAAUAUGAAAUAGUGUUUAACUUUCUUUGAGUGUGAUUUAUAUAAGGGUGUUAUUAAUAUCUGUUCUUCAAUUAUAUGAGAUUUCUGUAACUCUGAUAUAUCUUAGUAUAUAUUCUUAAUUAUUAUAAUUUUUAUGUUAAAUUGGUGUAUGGCAUAAAAUAGUCCUUUGUCAAUUGUGUCUUUGAUCAUGGCUAUCCUAAGAAUUUUGUCAUCCAAAGACAAUUGUUGUCUUAAUUUGAUCCUUCUCAAAAAGCAACUUAUAAUCACCUCUUGUCCAAGACUUGCUUCUUUAAAUACGCUUGCAGAAAGGAGUCCAAUGGGUACAUUUAAAUGCAUUUUUGUAGUAACCAUGGAAAUUGUGCCAUUGGACUAAAGAAAACAUCCUGGAAUCCCCUCAGUGAAGAGCUAAUAUGUUCAUAAAAUUAUUAGCUCCAAUAUCAAACAACAUGAGUUCAUUGCAUGGGACCAAACUAAUAGAAGACUAAAACAAUUUUAUGACAUUUUGUUUAAAUUACUGCUGAUUCUUUCUGUUUUGUUUUUCAAAGUCCAGAAGACUUUAUUCUUUUGAGCUGUUUUUAUAGCUUUCAGUGACU